CUCGUCAGAGACAACUUUUCCAUAACGACAUGGCUAGCGAUCGGAGCUCUGGCUCAGUCCGCCGCAUACUCUUUACUCGGUCGAAUGGCCUUCCUCCCGGCUGUCUGUUUGUUGCUUUAUCGCGUGGCAGACGCAUACGCCAUUAAGACUGGCCUCAAGCACAACCAUUACCUGGACGGCAUAAUUCCAGAGCACUACUCUGCUCAACUUCCUAGUGAGGCGGAUGGCGGUGUAGAGUCUCCUGCAGAGUCGGAUAUCUGUGUCUUCCUCAUCGGAUCAAAAGUCAACCAACUUACCAAUAUACCAGAGGACAGAGAAAAGCACGGUUUCCUAGGAUCAAGAAGUCUUGUUGGAGCCGAGUCGGCCACGAACAACGAAACAAUGACGAUCAUGUACUUCAAGACAUCCGAGCACAUCCAGGCAUACGCAACAGGACCAACCCAUCGCAAGUCAUUGACGUGGUGGGCCAAACACGCAGCUCAGUAUCCUCACCUGGGUAUCUUCCACGAGACGUAUCAGGUCCGGUCCAAAAACUACGAGACGGUGUAUGCGCAUACCACGCCGAUGUUGCUAGGGGCUACUCAGCACAAGGUGCAGGGAGGGUUCUCGGAGAAGGAAGGAGAGGAAGCCGUCUACAAGAACUCGCUGGUAUAUGCCAAGGGUGUUCUCAAGACAAGUCUGGGUCGCAUGGGUAGACUGCCUGGCACCUUUGACCGAAGCCUGCUAGAAGUGAAGGAGGUUGGAAAAGCGGGACCUCUGNAUGGUUUGAUGGUAUGA